AUGGAAGUUCACCCGGUACUCCUUGGUGGAGCUGUGGUAGCCAGCACUGCUCUCGUCGUGGGCUUCACAGAGCCAUCCUCCAUCAUCCGCACCGCUGUCACUCCUGUUCUCAUUAUCUGUUCGUUCCAAUGCAUUACCACAAGCAUAGACUAUAUGGUGCGAAGUCCCUGGGCGUCUUCGGUGGGCGGGUACACCCUUACCUUUCUUCUCCAUUACUUUGAUAUUGCCUUGCUCAGGGGUUGGUCAUUCGAAACCAAAGGACCGUCAAUCGACCCUGGCACAGGCCAGAGUAUACCAACUGAUACUAAGGAUAAAAAGGACAGUGCAUGGGAAAGGCUGAAGUUUGGCCUUGGGGCAGUCUGUUCAUUUCGGCAUAUUGGAACACCGUACCAAGUCAGGAAUGUGCCUUCGUUCAGCGAUAGUGAUCCAGAGUAUAUUCCGUCGCGGUCUCGAUUCUUGCUACGGACAGGCCUGAUAUUCGCGGCAAGCUAUUUGAUCCUUGAUCUGGUCACAUUCCAAGUCGACACGGAGGUCAAUCUCAAGUUCUUCUCUCCUAGGAAUAUCCCUUUCUUUGCACGGCUACGUGUGAUAUCGGGCGAGGAGAUUGUUAUGCGCAUAUUCGGCACCAUCGCCUCAGGGUUGACGGUAACAUGCGUUCAGAGAGGCAGUUACAGCCUCGUUGCAUUCUUAAGUGUGCUUUUGGGUAUCAGCGAACCGCAAGAAUGGCCUCCAUACUAUGGAUCUCUCUCGCAAGCCUUUUCCUUGCGACAAGUUUGGGCGGUUUUCUGGCACCAGGCCAACGCUGCCAAAUUCGCUUCCAUGUCCAGUUUCAUCAUUCAACGUGUGCUGGGUAUAUCUCGCGGAACUCAAUUAUCUAGGUAUGCGAGGCUCGUGACGAUAUUCGCAAUAUCAGCCUUGAUGCAUGUACUCGUUGACGUGGCGGCUGGAAUGCCAGUAUCCAGUUCGGGGGCCAUACGAUUCUUUCUCACUCAAGCGUUUGGAAUCUUGGUAGAAGAUAUAGUUGUCAGCAUAUACUGCGGUUUCUUGGCUCGAGGUCGCCCUCGGCCUUCUUAUUAUUAUCUGCUGGAGAAAGGUGUUGGUUUUAUGUGGGUUGGUGUCUUUAUGGUAUGGUCGUCGCCGGCAUACGUCUACCCGUUGAUGUAUCGUGUGAAUACUGGGCGUGAAGACUCUGUUAUUCCGUUCAGUAUUAUGAAAUUGCUUGUAUCGGCUGGUUAA